GCCUCAAGGGUGCCCUGCAGGCAGUGCCCCCUUUGGGCUUCUGAGGGGAUUGCGGGGGGACCCUUAGAGUCAGGCCACUACAGCUUUUGGAGAGAGCAAAGAGCCCUUUCAGCCUGCAUGCUAAGAAACAUGCAGCCAUACCGAAGUCAGUAAAAACACUCCGAACAUGAAUUAACGCAUGUUUACUUAAAGCGUCUUAGAAGGAAAACGGUACUAUUUCAUAUUUGCUGAACCCAGAGAGACAAACGCCAAGCUUGCUGGUGACAGUGUACAAGGCACCCCAUUGAGACACAUUCUCCUUUAUAUUAAAUUCUAAUUCCCGGCUCUGCUGUAGCUCAGGCCACGCCCUUGUCCCGUCAAGCCUCUCAAAGGACAAAUGCGCCGAAGGGCGGGCGCUCACUGUGGGUUCCACCCCCUCGCGGUUUUCAUUCAGGUCCGCAAAGGAGCUAUUUAAGGGCAAGGUCUCCUGCCCAAGCUACCGUGCUUUUCAGCCAUGUCUGGUCGCGGCAAGGGCGGGAAGGGCCUGGGCAAGGGCGGCGCCAAGCGCCACCGCAAAGUCCUCCGUGACAACAUCCAGGGCAUCACCAAGCCCGCCAUCCGGCGCUUGGCCCGGCGCGGCGGCGUCAAGCGCAUCUCUGGCCUCAUCUACGAGGAGACCCGCGGGGUGCUGAAGGUCUUCCUGGAGAACGUGAUCCGCGACGCCGUCACCUACACGGAGCACGCCAAGCGCAAGACCGUCACGGCCAUGGACGUGGUCUACGCGCUCAAGCGCCAGGGCCGCACGCUCUACGGCUUCGGCGGCUGAUGCGCUC